CCAACGAAAGCUCGAACAGUGGGACCAUGGUGCGGUAAAGUCCGAAUGGUACAGUGACAUGAAAGUGAACCGAUCGUUCGAAAUGAAAAGUGAACGACACCGCGCGGGAUCACGAGGCAAGAGACUCGAUGGUGUAAACUGUAAAUCACAUUAGAAACAAUUCCGGUCUACGCGUGGCAUUGCCGUUCGCUCGAGGAAACCUAGGAGGACAGCACAGUCGGAAAUAAAUAACGAGGAGAUAAAAACGGAGAGAACCUCAAUGAUCAUGUCAGGGACUAGCUGAUGACCUUUCGAACAUCUGCAAUGAUGUGACAAUAAAGAUAUCUCCUCCUGUAUCCUCUUGAAUGACGGGAGAUAUUGUCCCUGUUAUACACAGUACACGCAGCGCUUCCCAUAAUAGUACCACGAAAGAGAAGAGAGGAGACGAAACAAAAAGAAAAGAUAAAACGAAAGUGAAGAAAUCAAAUAUAGAAGAGAACGAAGCAGAAUGAGAGGCGGGAAAAGAUAAUUAUUAUAAGAGAGAUGAAAAAGGACUGAAUCGGUCCUCGAUAAAUGAUAAACGGUGCCAAAAGUCGAUAGACAAGCCAAUCCACGUGACAAGCCAGUUCACGUAGCGUCUCCAUUUCGCGAAAGAUAGAGAGCCCAGGGGGUCGGUAGCGAUCGGAGAGAAAGAGAAAUGCGAGAGAGCUGAAGGAAAAGAGCGAGAGGGAUCGAUCGAAUGCUACACGACGAUUAGAUUCAGAAUCUGAGGAGUAAGAGGUGGAGAGGGCGGAAAUUCGGUGAACGGGAAGACUGUGAAACGUGGCGAUCCAAGAGAAGUAAUAAAUGCAAACGGAUUGGCGAGAGAUUGCGUAAAAGGGGGAGAAAAGUCACAGGUGGAAUAACAGAAUAAGAAGAAUAGAAUGGGCAAUAAGUUGUCUUGUAGUUGCGCUCCCCUUAUCAGAAAGGCGUAUCGUUACGAAGAUUCCCCAUGGCAGACAGCGGCUAGGGGCGGAAUGGUCAGCAGCGGAAGUCGUAGGGGUGAUACUGGCCACUUGAUCAGGUUGUGGGCCGAAGUGUUCCAUGUAAGCGCCAGCGGGGCGGGCACAGUAAAAUGGCAGCAGGUCUCGGAAGACUUGGUUCCAGUUAAUAUUACUUGCAUCCAAGAUUCGCCGGAAUGCGUCUUCCAUAUCACCGCGUACAAUAGCCAAGUCGACAAAAUUCUGGACGUGCGACUGGUUCAGCCAGGAACACGCAUCGGGCAAGCGUCAGAAUGCUUCGUUUACUGGAAAGACACGAUGACCAACGAUACGUGGGGAUUGAAUUUUACCUCCCCCAUAGACGCGAAACAAUUCAGAGAAUGUUGCUCACCGUCGUUCAAGAUUACAAGGAAAGCGUCCUCUUCUUACUCGUUGAAGCUCGAACCACCGAACAAGCAGAAGAUCAAAACGAGAAGAAAGCCACUAUCGACACCGGCAUCGCCGAGCAGAUCCAGAGAGCCGCAAUGCACUUGUAUGACCCCGGAACAAUUUGCCCGACUUCGAAAUCAAGAAGCCAAAUUCCGGAAUUUCUGCGCUACCUCUACGCUCCCACGUACCAUGGCACGAUCCACGGAAAUGGACGUGACCCGGGAGAAAAUAACGGCAGCAACGUCUAGCGCGUCCCUUUAUGAUAACGUGAACAAUACCUCUGCAACACCGGGGAAGACAGCGAAGGUCGGCGGCGAUUCGGUGAAGCAGAAGGAGAAACAGAACGAAACAUGUCAGACAACACCGAAGACGGCGAACGUUGGUAUCGAAACCGUUACCGUUGGUUCACAGAUCGACAGCCCCGAGGAGAAAGGCACGCUGGUCUCCCCGAAGAAAACACCAAAGCAGAAUCAAGACACCGGCACCCAGCAGAAUGGCACCGAGAUGCUGAAGUCGGAGGGUACCCAGGCCGGCGGCACGUUGCAGAACAAGUCCCUGCGAAAAGAACAGCUGCAUCAUACGAAGUCGGCCGAUUACACCGACUUGGAGAUCCAAAACGGCAAUAUCUUUAACAUAGUGAACAACAAUCACAGCAGUAAAAAGCCAAAGAGUAAGAGCACCGAUGACAUGAGGAUCGAGAACGCACAGAACGGUGGGAUUAGUUUAGACUCGAACACCCUGAAGAGGAUGCUGAAGCCGAUAUCGAGCAUCGACAGUCCCGCCACGUCGCCGGAAAUGACCAGAAAAAGACACAGCCACCAUAGCUACUACCAUCCGAGCAAUAACAACCAGAAAUACGUCAUGCAAGAGUCUGAGAACGAGAACUAUGCUCAUCCGUACCGAGCUCCGUACAGCAACAAAUUCCAGGCUUCCAGGAGCGUCCACGACAUGGGACACCAGUAUAUUGGCAGCAGAGGCAGGCCGUAUUUAGAUUCGGAACGUAAUCGGUGCACAGGUGACAUGUCGCCGCCGUCGGACAAUGUCAUCUUCGAUAAUCAGUGUUACGCGACCACGCCGAGCUCGUCGAACGGCAAUUCGGACAUGGAGCAGCCCAGUCAUUGUAACUCGCGGCACUGCAACAGCGGCCAGACAUAUCAACAGCAAAACAUGCAAUCCGUCUCGACGCCCGGCAGCCCGACCAGCAGGCUGCUCCUAGAGUACGAGAUGCACCUGAGGAACACCUUGGAGAAGGGUAUGGACGCGGAGAGUUACAGCUUGCGCACCUUCGAGGCGCUCUUCACCCAGAGCAUGGAGAACCUAGAGAUGGCGGAAAACAUACCACUGAACGUGCAGCGCACACCUCACGUGUCGCGGAGACGUCCUGGCUCCAACAACAAGUCGUCGACGUUGCCGCUGUCCUACCGAUACUGCAACGAAAGGCAAAACAGCAAGGACAGGGACGGCUACUACAGCGACCGCAACGAAAUGGUGCGGGAGAAGAGGGAGCGGGACGUCGAUCGAGACCGCGGUUACCUGAGCGACUACAACUCCAGAUGCGCCAGCUGCAGCGGGGAAUCGGCUCGCGCGCAUUGGUUCCGGCAUUCCGACGGAUGGCAAUCGGGAAGCUCGACUCUGGGAUCCGGUGCAUCGAGCUCGAUAAAUCCAAGUUACAUGGGACACAAACGAGAGUCUCCGUGGGACUCCUUGCCAUCGCUCAGGCACGAGGGCAGCCUGAACGACAGCGGGUACAAGUCGAAUCGGGCCGACUCUUUGGAACAGAGGGGCACUUUCGACAGACAGGACAGCGUGAGAUCCGACUACAUGUCCGACAGAGAGAGUAGAUAUGGGAUCGUGCAGCAGGCUUCUUUGGAGAGCACGGAUUCAAGACUUUGUUACCUGACGUCCUCGGAGCUACCAGGGACAAAGCAACCACGAAUAAUGGUAGAGCCGAGAUGGGCGAUCAAAUGCACGAAUAGCACGUUGAAUUUGCUGAAUCCGAGCAGCAGCUACACGGACCUGAGGUCGUUGUACAAGAAACGUUGCAAGAAGUACUUCUGUCUCUGCAGAAGGCACACGAUCAGCGUGAUAUGCAUUAACGAUUCGCGGAAACUGUACUGGUUCAACUGUAGGAACGUCCGGGAGAAGGUGAACCUUGACGGUUACUAUUACAAGCUGCUCAGGGUGAUCGACGGCGCCCUGAACACCUGGGCACAGCAUUACAUCGACGGCCUCAGCCUGACACGCAAGGAGAUCAUGUACAAGAUCAACGGCACCGCCAAGACGAACAUGAAGCUGUUAAAGGAGGGUUGCUACUGUCAUUACCAUCCGCACAUGACAGCCGACGCGUGCAACGCCGACUUUCUGAAAAAAGUUGUAAGUUUCUGGGCCGGCGAAGGCUUUAGAGGAUUGCGCGACAAGCUCCGCGGUAUGACGAAUUAUGCCAAAAAGAUGUCCGACGACGACAGAAUGUCGUUGACGACCGCUGUCAGCGACGACGACGACGGCGAGAGCGUGAUCAACUCGCCGUACCGUGGCAAACAGAAUGACACCGCCGCGGCUUCCUUCAACUGUACCGGGGCGGUUCGAAAGGCAGGGUUCCUCAGCGUGAAGAAAUGGCUCUUGCGGAAAAAACAUCAGAUCGAGCUCGCGAGGAAAAGAGGAUGGAAGGAUUACUGGGUCUGCUUGAAGGGGACCACGCUGCUAUUCUAUCCGUGCGAGUCCCAGGAAAGCAGAACCAUGGAAGCGGCGCCCAAGCAUCUGAUCAUCGUCGAUGGCGCGAUCAUGCAACCGAUCCCGGAACAUCCGAAAAGGGACUACAUUUUCUGUCUGAGCACCGCGUUCGGCGACGCGUACUUGUUCCAAGCACCCUGUCAAGUGGAGCUCGAGAACUGGGUAAACAGCAUCCAUUCGGCUUGCGCUGCUGCAUUCGCUCGUCAUCGCGGCAAGACCGGCACACUUCAUUUGCUGCAGGAAGAGAUCUUUCGAUUGGAGAAGGCAAUAGAAUCGGACCACAAAUUAAAGCAUAUGGCUGAUCUGCAGCAGUCCGUCGUGUCCGACGUGGAAACGAAGCAACAAAUCAACAACCAGAUCGUCCAGUGGGAAGAAAAUCUGGAACGGCUCCAUUGCGAGCAAUUUCGUCUCAGGUGCUACAUGGCUAGUCUGCAAAGCGGCGAGUUACCUAAUCCAAAAAGCUUGUUGACGCACGUAUCGCGUGCCACGAAGCAAACGUUGAACAAGCUGGGCGUCUUCACGGUAUCGUCUUUCCACGCUUUUAUCUGCGCGCGGAGCCGCUCGUUGCUGAACAAUCUGUUGUCCGGUCGAGGAGCGACCAAAAGAAGACCACCGUUGCUCUCGAGGUCCAACAGUGGAUCUAGCAGGCGAUCCCUUCAAAUCUCCUCCAGGGACGACGAGAAGAGUGUGAAAGUAUGCGUGCCCGAAAACCAAUUGGUGUCUGUUCUACUACGCGAUGCAAUGACGGUAGAGGAAUUCCUAGCAAGCGCUUGCAAUAGGAAGAACCUGAACCCGAUGGAGCAUUUCGUCCGUGUGAAAAAGCGACGCGAUAUGGAAGACCAUAAUUACUUCGUACCUCACAGGACUGACGCCAUAGAUACUUACUUGCAUACCCACGAGAUCGUCGAAGUGUGCGCGAAAAUUUUGUACCAGGUGGAAUUGCAAAGAAACACGCUCGAACAGAUGUGGGGCUUCUCGGUGGAGGCAGAGCUGAUCGAAAAUUCUGACAGACAGGACGAACUGUGUUGUUAUGUUAGCAGAGUGGAGGACAAGAGUGUGGCCAUGCAAAAUGGUAUCAUUAAAGGUGACGAGAUCAUGGUGAUCAAUGGCGCCAUUGUAAGCGAUCUAGACAUGAUGUAUCUAGAAAGCGUAUUACAAGAAGAGAUUGGCCUGUGUAUGAUGAUGAGGUCUUCCCGAACCGAACCGCCGGAUCUCACGGGUAUAAUGAGGGUGACGGAUGACAUAAUUGAGAGUUUGGUUUGUCCACCACCGCCUUCCGAUCCACCGGUUAGCGAGGAAAUGAUUUCCGGUUUGAUCGUUCCAGCACCUGGAUGGAGUAAGGAGAGCAUCGCGCAGGACUGCACGUCGACUCUUCAUCCCGAUAAUGGCAAGCAAGCGUCGUCUCGCACAAAUUCGUUUGAAAUUGAAAACUUGCUGAAAACCGCCGAACAAGUGACGGGAAUUUGCCGAUCGCCUGGCGAAACUAGAAAGUCCAGCCCUACCGGAAGCGUUGUCAGUUCUCAUUCGCAGGCUAUGACGCCUAGCCGACAGCUGAGCGACGCAGAAAAACUGAAAAAGGUCAUUCUAGAGUUGAUCGAGACAGAACGGACUUACGUGAAGAAUUUAAACAAUUUGCUGGAGAACUACCUGGAGCCCCUUAAACGUGAGACUUUCCUAUCGAAUGCAGAGAUAAAUGCGUUGUUUGGAAACAUUCAGGAAAUCGUUACGUUUCAACGACAGUUUCUGCAGAAUCUCGAUCACGCGAUCGAGAUGGAGGCUGAUUUUAAUAGUUUUGAUCAUCCCAGUCAAUUUAAGGGUGUCCUGUUUUCCAUUGGAAGUGCCUUCUUAUAUUACGUAAAUCACUUCAAGCUAUACAGCUCGUUUUGCGCCAGCCACUCAAAGGCGCAAAAAGUUCUCCAUCCAAACGAGGGAAAUCAAGCUUUACAAGAGUUCUUGCAGGCAAGAAACCCAAGACAACAACACUCGUCGACUUUGGAAUCCUAUCUGAUCAAGCCUAUUCAAAGAAUACUGAAAUAUCCUCUGCUGCUGCAGCAGCUACGGAAUCUAACCGACGAACGAAGCGAGGAACAUCAACAUUUAAUCGAGGCGCUAAAGGGCAUGGAGAAGGUCGCGGAGCACAUAAACGAGAUGCAAAGAAUUCACGAAGAAUACGGAGCUAUCUUCGAUCAUUUGUUCAGACAACAUCAGAAAUCAUGCAAACAGCCAAUCGACCUAAGUCCUGGGGACCUACUCUACUACGGAGGCGUCGAGUGGCUCAACAUUUCCGAUUUCCUUGGAAAGAUCAAGAAAGGCCUCGAAUUGCACGCGAUGUGCUUUGUUUUUAAAUCUGCCGUCGUCUUCUUGUGCAAGGAGAGGCUGAGGCAAAAGAAGAAGCUCAUGGGUGUCUCGACGAAAGCGAAUUCCAGCGAAGUAGAAAUCAUUCGCUAUCAAGUGCUGAUUCCUGUGACGGAAGUGCAAGUGCGGGCCAGCUCUGCAAAGGACAUGGAGUCCCAUUUCCUGUGGGAGUUGAUCCAUUUAAGAAGUCAAUUACAGAGAAGAUCGGAAAAAGUAUACGUGCUCUCUAACAGCACGACGGAGUUCCGCAACGCCUUCCUGAGGACGAUUCGGCAGAUCAUUCGAGAAUCGGUACGGAACAUGAGCAUACCGUCGACGAAACCAAAUCUGAGCCAAUCGCCGAUGACGAUCUCGCCGCGAAUGUCGACCGGACACGUGGAGAAGUUCGAGAAACAAUCGGUGAGCCAAGGACAGAAUGGUAACAGCAACAAUAACAACAUCGCCAACAACAACAACAACAACGGGGCAGUACACCAAACGGUCGCGCAUCAAACACCGAUGAUCAAGAAGGCGGCCAAGCCGCAACCAUUGUCUACCGCACAUAACGUUAGACGAAAGUAUAGUCAGUCGAAACAAGUUGUGGAGCACGAAAGUUCCGAGGACAGGGAGACGGAAGAACCGGCGAGCCAACAGCAAACCAUCUUCCGUUUUCGAAGCAAGACCAUAAGCGAUACGUCCGGGGAGGUGAAGGUGGAGAUGGAUUCAGGAACAAAGUCCGAGGGAGAGGAAGACUCGCAAGCUUUUUUAGGUGAGAAGAAGGCAAAUUUGGGCCGCACUCCGAAUCAUUUGACUUUGAGCACCACUUCAACCAUUUCAGCGGGAAGUACGGGCAGUCAAGCAAGAUUAAUCCAGUCCUCGCAUCAACCGGAAAACUAUCAACCUAUUACAGUGAAAGAACUAGGUUCGCCGAUCUGGAAACCGCGGGAGUUACCUUCGUUAGGAGAGGCCACCACUUUACCGCGUAAGGGUAAGUCGGCCAGCGAGUUUGGGGAUAUGAGCUCAUCUCACAGCGCUUCCCGAAAAUCUUUAAUAGAAAUCAAUAAUUGUGCUCAACAAUCUAACUAUAAUAACCAUGUUUAAUUUAAGUAGUUGUUAACUGGCUAACAAAAAAAAACACUGUAGGGUUAAGUUUAAACAUCGUGAAAUAAAUCGAUUAACUUAUAUUCGA